AUGGAUGUUAUUGGACAAUGUGGGUUAUCUCAGCUGCCGAUGAAUGGUUAUCAAUUUACAUGGGAAAAGGGGGAGGGGACAGCCAACUGGAUUGAAGAGAGAUUGGAUAAAGUGCUGGCCACAGAGGGUUGGUGUGGUGUUGUACGAGGAGCCUGUGUGACGAAUAUACUGACAAGAACUUCAGACCACUCCCCUUUGUUCUUGGGAAUUCGUGAAAGUCGUGACAGGGCAGGGAUGAGGGGUUUUCGCUUUGAAAUUGCAUGGAUAUAUGAUGAAGGGUGCAGGAAGGAACAAUUAAGCUUGCGGAGGCGUACUGACCCAACCUCAUUGGCUGAGUUCCAACGUCUAGAAGGAAUGCUGAGUAAUAUGGAGGCGCAGGAGGAUGCUUACUGGAAACAACGAGCCAAACAACAUUGGCUUAAGAAUGCCGAUUCCAACACGACUUACUGUCACAGGUAUGCCUCUCACCGUAGGAAAAAAAAUACUCUAUCUAGACUUAUGAAUGAUAAUGGGGAGUGGGUGGAAGGGAAUGCCAUGUCGAGUAUUAUCAUUGAUUAUUUUGAUAAACUAUUUUGUUCUGGAAAUCCUAUCCCUGGGGAAUCAUUGUUUCAGAGUGUGACGCCAAGGGUCACCCAGACUCAGAAUGAAAGUUUACUACGACCUUUUGAGAUAGAUGAGGUCAAGAGUGCCCUAUUUGCAAUGUUUCCUGAUAAGGCCCCAGGCCCUGAUGGAAUGAAUCCGGGAUUUUAUCAACACUUCUGGGAUGUGAAUAUGCCAGAACUGGUUACUGAUCUAAGGCCUAUAGCAUUGAGCAAUGUGUUGUACAGGAUCAUGGCUAAAAUGAUUACCAACAGGAUGAAGCCAAUGAUGGGAGAUAUUAUAUCGGACUCGCAGAGUGAUUUUAUACCUGAUAGGCUCAUCACUGACAACAUCCUAAUAGCUGAGGAGGUGGGACAUUAUCUGAAUAGAAAACAGUAUGGGGUGGUUGGUUGGGGAGCACUUAAGUUAGAUAUGGCUAAAGCCUAUGACCGUAUGGAGUGGCCUUUCCUGCAAGGAAUGCUUGUAGCUCUGGGAUUUGAUGAAAGAUGGAUUAAACUCAUUAUGUUGUGUGUUUCUUCUGUGGUCAAUUAUCAUAAAUCUAAUAUAUGCUAUAGUAGAAAUACGAGUACAGAGGACAGGGACGAGGUAGCGCAAAUUUUAGGGGUCACUCAGGCUCCUAAUUUUGGGAAGUAUCUGGGCUUACCCUCAUUUGUGGGAAGAAAUAAGAAAACAGCCUUUGCAUAUAUUGAGGACAAAAUUAAGCAGAGGAUUGGGUCGUGGAAUAAAAAGUUGUUAUCACAAGCUGGUAAGGAAAUCCUGUUAAAAAGUGUGGCUCAAGCUAUGCCUACUUUUUCAAUGGGAGUUUUUUUACUGCCUAUAUCUGUUUGCACGGCUAUUGAAAGGACAAUGAACAUGUAUUGGUGUGGAACAGGAACUGAUCGUGGUAUUCAUUGGAAGGCAUGGGACAGAUUGUGUAUCCCAAAGAAAUAUGGGGGACUGGGAUUUAAGGAUCUAAGAGCUUAUAAUUUGGCAAUUUUGGGUAAGCAGGCAUGGCGGAUGCUAACUAAUACUGACUCUUUGGUGUCUCGUGUAUAUCAGGCCAGAUAUUAUCCGAAACAUACCUUUUACGAAGCAUGUCUGGGAAAUAACCCCAGUUUCUGUUGGCGUAGUAUUAUGGCAGCUAAGGAACUGGUGUGUGGUGGAGUGAGACGGCGUGUUGGGAAUGGAAUUUCUACGCUAAUUUGGGAGCACCCGUGGCUCCAGGAUGAUUUAAAUCCCAUGAUCCAUAAAGAGAUGUCACCCCAGUUAGCAGGAGCUAAAGUAAGUGGAUUGAUUGAUCCAAAUACUGGGACCUGGGACCACCAUAUUCUCUCGGAUAUAUUCCAGCCAAGCGACAUACCCCGAAUUCUUAAAAUACCAAUUUCCCCAGAAUAUGAUGAUGUUUGGUAUUGGUAUGAGGAUCUCAAGGGUAGCUACUCUAUUAAGGAUGGCUACAAGCGUAUUGUUGGGAGCUUUACAAAUAGUAAUGAUGGGGCUUUUGAUAAAUGGCUCACCCUAUGGAAGUUGAAAAUUCCCCCGAAGUGGAAAACAUUUUUAUGGAGAGCUUUAAGUGAUAUCCUCCCCACUACGAACAAUUUGCUUAUAAAGAGGGUGGAUGUAGAUCUAAUUUGUGCCAUGUGUGGAAUCAUGCAAGAUGACACAAUGCAUUCUUUGGUAUCAUGUGGUUAUGCCAACUCCAUAUGGGCUCUAUCUAACCUUCCACUCCCCAGUAUUGUGACAAAUAUUUUCCAUGAGAGGUUUAGUGCAAUGUUAAAUGUUCUAGACACUAAUGGAAUUAUAUAUGCAGCUGCAAUUCUUUAUCCAAUCUGGAGAGCACGAAAUGGAGCGGUUUGGGAUGCCUGCUUACCUUUGCCCAGGAAAAAAAUAGUUGUCGCGGUUGCCACCAUGCAUGCAUGGAAACCGUACACCAUGCGCCGGCUGCCGACGGAACAUCCACCGCCCAUAGGGCUGUUGCUACCCCCUCUCCCUGACUGCCGCUACCCCCACUGA